UGAUAGCAGUGCCAUAUACUUGAUUGGUUUGGUUUGAUUUGAUUUAUACUAACUCCUCCUCGUCAUAAAUCUCGUGAGUGAAGAGGAUCAAUGAGGAAGAACUGUACCUGUUUAAAGCUUCUCGCAAAGGAAGAUAAGAUGCAUCAUUUGUCAUGCAAGCAACUCGAGAAAAUUAUCGACAAGAUCACAUCCAUAUUUACAGCCAUUGAAUCUGCUCGACCACGAGGCGAAUCGGGAAUACUGGCGUUGUGCUCGUUACACCAAUGCAUGGAAAAGUGCAAGUUGCUUCUUCAUCAUUGUUCCGAAUCCAGCAAACUUUAUCUGGCAAUCAAUGGAGAGAGAAUAAUAUGGAGGUGCGAAAGGAUUCGGUAUUCUUUGGAAGUAUGUUUGAACCAGCUUCAAGACAUGGUCGAACCCAAAUUGGCUACUCAGAUAUCGCAUAUCAUUGAUUAUAUCAAAACCGUGGUUUUUACUAUGGAUUCUUCGGACAAAGAAGCAAGAAAAGUGUUAUUGACUUUACUUCAACACGAUAGAGAAGCAUCAAGUUUUGCUGAUCUUGAAGAACUCAAAGCUUUCAAGUUUGCAGCUUUUAGGCUACAGAUUACAUCCCCCAUGGCUCUCUUGAUCGAAAAACAAUCCAUAAAAGAUCUUCUAAGCAAGAUUGGGGAUACCGAUCCUGCAGCAAAGAAAAUCUUGAACUAUUUGUUAUAUCUCGUGAAGAAAUAUGGAGAAUCAAUGGAAGGAGAAGAACCCAUAACCAUUUCUAAUUACGAAUCAAAUGAACAUCCUAAAGGUGAUGAUGAUGUUUCAAUCCAAUCUUCAGAUACGAAUAGUGUAGAUUAUGUUACGGAUUCCAGCACUGAAGAUGGAUCUAGCAAGAUUAUUCAUAAUGAAUCCGAGAGAUUUAAGUCUCGAGAUAGUGUUACAGACGAUGUAACGAACUUGUUUGUUUUUGAAAAGCUUUCGGUUCUUCCAUGGGGGUUAAGAUGUAAGGUGGUGGAAGAUGUGAUCAACGAGUUGAACGACGACGAUGAAUCUCGAAGUUUCAUCCCUACCAGUUACAUCAAACCAGUUUUUAAGUUUCUGAAAGUGGCUCAUCGAUUAUGCGAUUCUAGAGCGAAAAGAAAUGGAGCAAAGCUGCUUUUGAUGUUGUUGAAUGAAUGCAGAAACGAAGUCCCAUCUUUACCAAAGGAGGCAAUGCAUUACUUGUAUUUAUUUUUGGAUUCAGAAAUUAUAGAAGAAGCCUUACCAAUAUUAGAGCUUCUCUCCUGCCACCAACAUUACAGUUCCGAAAUAGUCUCAUCUGGAGUUCCAUCAUUCCUUCUACAACUUAUCAAAAACUCAAACAGGGAACACCAUAAUUUUGCCUUAAGAAUUCUUUGUAAUCUUUCGGCUCACACUGAUCUUGGAGACCACCUUGUAUGCCUCGGAUUCAUCCAACAUCUUGUGCCAUUUCUCGAUGAUCGUAUUCUGUCUGCCUAUUGUGUCAAAAUCUUCAGGAAUUUGUGCACAGUUGAGGAAGUAGCUGCUCAAUUAAUCGAAGAUGAAAAUUGUAUUGAAUCCAUUAGAGAGAUUCUUGAUCAAGGAGGUAAAGAUGAAGAACAAGAUAACGCACUUCAUAUUUUACUGUGUUUAUGUCAUCAACAUGAACAACUACGAGAAGUUUUGAUGCAAGAAAGCAUUGUUUCUUCUUUGGUGGAUAUAUCGCAAAAUGGGAGUUCUGAAGGGAAGUUGAUUUCAAUAAAGUUGCUGCAGUUCCUGAAAAAUGAUCAAGAACGUUUUAUUGCGGACGUCUGCCAGAACACAAAUAUUUAACCUGAAGAGUUGCAGCUUCUCUCCACAGACAUUAGCAUGU